UAUCAGUGACCAUGAAGACAGUGUUGGCGAUACUUCUCAUUUGUGAGUGUCUACAUAGUAUAUCAUCUGCUCCUGCAACUGAUGAUGUAAGUAGUGAUGCACAUAGACUAGGAGAUUCGUCUAGGAGUCCUGCCCGUAAUUUCAGAUAUCCACAUCAUCAACCAUGGGUACAAAGCGGGUUUUCUGGGAUAAAUUUUGGUGAUUAUUCGAGAUUUAGUGAUGGUUUUCCAAGUGGAUUUCCAAGAAUAAAUAUUGGUGAAUUUCCAGACUUUAGUGGCCGUUUCCCAAAAAUAAAUAUUGGCGAAUUUCCAGACUUAAGUGGCCGUUUCCCAAGAAUAAAUAUUGGUGAUAUGCCAGACUUUGGUGAUGAACUAUUUCCAGAUGGCUUUCCAGAAAGAAAUGCAGGUGAUUUUCCAAGAACUCCAGGAGUGCAACCUGGAGAUGAAUUUAUUCCAGAUUCAUGGUUUGAAGGGCUUCCAACAAUACCUCCUAUGGAUAUCCCUGAUUUCUUUUCCAAAGGAUUUCCAAGAGGACCAGACUCUAAACCUAACAAUCCUCCUCAGCAACCACCAAGACAACCCAAUUAUGGACCUAACUACCCUACUGAAGAAACACCAAGACAACCAGAUAAUGGACCUAAUCACCCUACAGAGAAGACACCAAGACAACCAAAUCAUCCUACAGAGAAAUCCCCAAGUCCAAAUGAUGGACCCAAGCACCCCACUGAAGAAACAACAAGACAGCCAGAUAAACAAUUUGAAGAGCAAACCGAAGUUUCUGCUGAUAAGGGUACAACAGAAACUCCAGAUAUUUCAAGCACUACGAGCGAUCCUGACGAUGUUUCGCAGUGGAAAAGAUUUGGCAAACAUUCGUGAGGAGAACAUUCGUUUAACACCAAUCUUCGUAAGGAACGCCAAUCAACAAGUAUUUCUGUAACAAGUUGUUGCAUAGCAUAGAUUUUAUUUUCCACAAUGAAAAUUGUGAUAUCAUUUGAUAAGUAAAUAUGAUAAAAAUCCUUUGUAAAUAUAUUGUAAGUAAAAGUUGCCCCUCACUUUAGUUAAAAAA